AUCGGGGUGACGCGACCAACGAUUAAAGGACGCAUAACGACUGCUUGCGAUAAACACUGAUAACUAAUCUCAUUCUUAGUCAACUAGUCGCCUCACUCGUUUGUUUCUUACAUCCGUGUACACUACACUCGAAUCAUUAAAAUUUUAAAAUCAGAAUAAUCGAAUUCCAAUUCAUUCUAAAUUUAAAUUCAAAACAAUUCUCAUUCUGAAACCGUCCAAAGUGCAAAACCGUUAUCCAAAAUAAAAAAAAGAAAAUCUAUAAAUAAAACCAUUCUAAAUUUAAACAUCGACUUUUAUAUUUAUCACGCGUCAUAUUUCAAAAGUUAAUUCGAAAAUUCAAAUGUUCAAAUAAAGAAUGCUCGUCGGUUUCAAUUUGUGACAAAAUUACGCAGUGGCCAGUGUUUUUAAGUGAGACUUCGAUAAUUUAACAUCUUAUUAAAGAACCGUUAGAUCGAAUUUUCAAUGAAAAACGUUACCUAUAACAAUUUAAGUUAUGACCAAUAAAUGUUACUUGGUUCUAUAACGUUUUAUGUGUUAAUACGUUACAAAUAGCAGUUAAUAGAUUGAGAUUUUCGUAUGAAUGAGUGAUUCAGUGUUGGCAAAGAUGCGCGGGAGUCUGCAUGUUUCUAAGAUGCGCGUUUAGUGUUCUAGUGUGCCAGUGUUGUGCAAAAUGAGUGUUCCUAAUUUAAGUGUUGAUCAGAUCACAGAGAUCGAAGCGGCAGAGGCUUGCAAAUGGCUGAGAGCUGCCGGCUUCCCGCAAUAUGCGCAGAUGUACGAAGACCUACAAUUCCCCAUAGACGUAUCGGGAGUACAGAACGACCAUCCGUUCUUAGACGCGGACUCUCUACAAUCGUUGUUCAGAAGACUGACGGCGCUCAACCGAUGUGCCAACAUGAAGUUAGAACACCAUCAUCAUCAGAAGAGAUCAAACGACUCUGACGAUGAGCAAUGCGCGCUGAGCGACAAAUGGCAGUACGAGAGGAAGUCACGCCGAUGGUCCAGGGUAGUGGAGAUCACGCCGCAAGCACAGAGGAGGUUGCAGGUGAUAGCAGCAAGAGCACUAGCAGAGAGAGAAGCGAGAGAAGCGAGGGGGGAGGUGGAAGAUGAUGAAGACGAGACCCUGCCGACGAUAAGAGUAGGGCUCGUCGACCCUGAGGGGAAUUAUACUGAUGUGGAACCUGAUCUAUUAACAGUACCAGGCCAAAAUGUAAUACAGUUACCAAGUGACAAAGAAGAUGAAGAAGAAACGGGAACGCGUUUCCGACGCACCGGCUCCGAAAGAUUACGAGACGGAGCGAAAGCCUUACUACGAAGAGUGGAGUCCCUCAAAACGAGAAGAAGAAAGAGGCAAAACCGGACAGAAGUCAUCGUAUCAUCCCCCCAUUUCUUAGACGUACAACAAGAUAAAUACGCAGACCUAAGUUAUAUAGACAUGACUCCAACUACGCCUACCGCAUUUCCUUUCCCAGAUUUCCACAGUUCUCCUUUACAUGCACCGGCAAUUAGGACCCAACCACCUUCACCGAUGACUGUAAUGCCCCCAUCUCCUAUAGCUCCUUUAGAACAAUCAUUUGUCUUAAAUGCCCCUUUUGGAGAUGACAGUUCGAGUUAUGCCUCGGAUGGGAGUAUGGGUUCGAGCAAUAAAAGUUCGAAAUCAAAAUUGGGGAGGGCGAAGAGGAUUUUCCAUAGAGGGAUCAAGAAUGAUGACUCUAGUGCUCUAAGUGAUUCGGAGUGCCAACCAGCUAGUUGGAGACAUAAUUAUUAUAAGGAGCAUAAUACUCAUCAAAAUACAGAGGUCUACGUAGAGCCACCUUCUCCAGUGGAACUGAAACCAGACCCUGAAGUACUUCGAGAAGUCCAGAAAUCUCCAGGUCAUACACACCAUCGAAGGCAGGCCAUAAGGACCAGUUCACUUAAUUUGGGAAAUGAUGGGAAGAAGUUUCGUGAUCGAAGUCUCAAAAGAGAUAAGUCAGCGUCAAGAAGUUCAGAGCUGGAUAGCAGUCCCAACUCAGCAGGAUCCAGGUCACAUGAUGGAGACCAGGAUGAUGACGAUGAUAGUCUGGAUAUGAAGAGUAAGAAAAACAACAUUCAGCGAUGGUAUUCGUUUAGAACAAAUGCGUUGAAUGGUGGACCCAAGGCGAAUAACACUUUGACGCCGACCCCAAACCAAAAGGACCCGGAUUCAUAUCUAUCACGGCCAAUGUCGUCACUAUCAUGCGGUCAGCUCCACAUUUUGAGGAAACUGGCACUUCUUCGGCUGACAGCCUGCAUGGAACGAUACUGUCCUUCACACAAGUCUGGAUGGAAUUGGGAACUGCCUAAACUUAUUAGGAAGAUUAAGACUCCUGAUUAUAAAGAUAAGACAGUGUUCGGUGUUCCCCUAACAGUGUCUCUACAAAGGACAGGACAUGCGUUACCAAAGCCUAUACAGUGCGCAUUGAAUUGGCUCAAAAACAAUGCGUUAGAUCAAAUGGGUAUAUUCAGAAAAGCCGGCGUAAAAUCCAGGAUCGCGAAACUCCGUACCACAGUCGAGGCAGCCGGGGCUUCCAACGCCAGCUUCGCUAUAGAAAACCUUAACACCAUGGAACCAAACCAGUCGAGUUUGAACUUCGAUGGAGCUCAAGCACAUGAUGUAGCCGACAUGGUGAAGCAGUACUUUAGGGAGUUACCUGAUGCGCUGUUGACUAAUAAGCUUAGUGAGACGUUUAUUGCGAUUUUUCAACAUGUUCCCGAACCCCUAAGGCCGGACGCAGUACAGUGUGCGUUGCUACUGUUACCUGAAGAGCAUUUAGAAGCGUUGCAUUCUCUGCUCAUAUUCUUAGCAGAUGUGGCGGAACAUUCGGCUGUGAACCAGAUGACAGCUUCAAACCUAGCUGUCUGCUUAGCUCCUACGUUGUUGAGGUUACAUCACGCGCCACCGCAAACUGGGAGCACUAAGGAAGGGAACUCUAAUAGAAUGGUAAUCGAGAGCGUAGCGGACCAGCGACAGAUCAGCGAGAGCCGCGCGGCGCACGCGUGCCUGCUGCUGCUCAUACAGGCACACAAGCAGCUCUUCCUGGCACCCGCUGACAUGCUGGCCAGAUGCAAGUUUAAUUACUUCGAGGAGAGUGUGCCGGUCGCGCUCGAAGAAUUGGGAGCAGACUUCAACCAAGACUGGAAAGGUUUCCAGCAAGCCUGUAUCAAAGCUUUACUCAAAGAAGCCAAAGAAAAAACACGUGGGUGGAUGUCAGUGUCAGGAGCUGCUCCUCAUGUGGAACUGUGUUGCAAGAAGGUUGGGGAUGGACAUCCUUUGAGGUUAUGGAGAGCUACUACCGAUGUGGAGGCGCCGCCACAGGAGGUUAUGCAAAGAAUACUCCGAGAGCGGCAUAUAUGGGACGACUCACUGGUGAAAUGGCGGGUCGCUGAGAAGUUGGGCGCAAACGCAGAAGUUUUCCAGUACGUCACGGCAUCUAGCAUCAAUCUACCUUCAAGAGAUUAUUGUGUUUUACGAUCAUGGCAGCAAGGCGGCACAGCAGGCGGGUGGUGCGCGGUGGCGGAGACAUCAGUAGCGCACGGCGCAGCGCCCCCCGGUGUAGCGCCACAAGCGCGUGGCGUUGUGCUCGCCUCGCGCUACCUCGCGCAGCCCGCCGGGAAGGGCAGGAGUAGGCUCGUGCAUCUGGCUAGAGUUGAUACCAUGGGCCGUACACCAGAAUGGUACAACAAAUGCUACGGACACAUUUGCGCGCUAUACCUCGCCAGAAUCCGAGCUUCCUUCAAACAUAACACAGAAGGUCCCGAAUCGAAUGUAUGAUCCAAGCAUUCCACUUAAGCCGGCGCCAUAUUGGAAACGGCUUAAGUUGACGUUUGUGACGUCACUGUACAUACUUCUCUAGAGUUCCAUGAAAUUGUAUAUUGGAAUGGAUUGGCGUUUUUGCCAAUACUGGAUUGGUUAGAGAUGUACCUAAUUUUACAUUCUCUGAUUUAAAAAUAAGUGAUUAUGGGAUAUUAAUAUAUUAUGUGUAGAUAUUAUAGUUAUGGAAAGCAAUAGAUUUUCAAAAUAUAUUCAUUGUUAUCAGUAAUAAAAAACACAUGACUGUGUAAUAAAAGCUACAGAAAUCUACUUUUGGAUAGAAUCUUAAGAAAUUGUUGACUAUAGACCGCAUGAUACAAUAAUUACAUAAAUGAUUAGAUAUUUCAAUGUUACGAGUAUAAUAAUUCCAAAAUGGCCCAAGCAUACAAUAUACUCAAAUAAUUUACUGACAGUAGGUAAAUGGAAAUUCGACAUAUUCAAUAUACAUUACAGAAUUACUAUAUUUACUACAAUAUCAUACCUAUUUAAUAUUAAGUACAUACAUAUAUAUAUUUCGACGUGAAUAUUUGACCAAAAUUAUAAUUAUUAUAGGCAAUAAAAAAGGAUCUGAUAAUGGUCUUAUAUUAUUAUGUAGAAAAGUUUUGCAAUAUUUAAAAUAAUUUGUGAGCAUUUGUCAUGUAAAUAUUUGAACAGAAUCAUAAUAACUUGAAUUAACCGCAUAAUAAAUUUAUACUUAUUAGGUUUUUAAAAUAUUCUUUACCUACCUCUGUGACACAAGUUGUUCUAGCUAGACCCUUAGCCCCAAAAGGGACCUACCAAAAAGCCUGAUUUAUUUGAAAAUUUAGUUAGAUAUUAUUAAUUAAUAUUAGUCUACCCGUGGUGCAUUGUAAAUAUAAGUUAUAUUUUAAAUAAAUUCAUUAAAAACUCAAUAUUACAAUUAUUGUUAUUGAAUAAUAUAAUUAACAAGAAAUCUCGUUGAAUAAUAUUUGAAUAUAAAAAUUAUUCUGUUUUACCAUACCCUAUGUAAAGUUAUCGUUACAUAUCACUAGUCAUAUUAUAUAAAUAAAAAUAAUAAUCAAAUAUAAAACACAUUUAACCGUACCUGUCCUGUGUUCAGGAACAUAGUAUUAAAUUAUAUUUAGGUACAUUAAUUAUUCAUAUUAUAUUAUAUUCAAUAAUGUAAUAAAAUUAUGUAAUUUUUGAACGUUGAGGUGUAUCAGAAUGGGAUAAAGUGUAUGUUCUAUUGAAUAAUAUUGUUUUAUGUGUAUUUGUAAAAAGUCUGAUUGUAAAUAGUUGCAUUGUUAGCUUUGAUAGAAAAUGACCAUCACAAUUUUAAUGUACUUAGAGUAAUUGCUAUAUGAAGCUGUGUUUCAUACAGCGCAGAAAUGGGUUUUCUCCAGCAAGAGAAUGGGUAAUAUGUUGUUGUUUGUGGUCGAGUCGUAUGGGUGUUAUGCACCUAAGAUCUUCCUAUAGUUAAUACGUCAUUCAGUAUUGGUAUAAGUAAGAUGACUAACGUAGAAGUAGGAUAGGGUUUAUCCUUUUCCCCACACCCUUUAUCAAAAACCACAAAGCUACAUGUUUAUGAAACACAGCUUCAUACAGAAUAAAAAUAUUUUCCUUAAUGGAAAAUCAAUUUGAAGCCAAAUAUCGCAAAUUGAAGAUAUUAAAUCGCUUUUAAAAAUAGAUUUAAAUGAUAUUUUUAAUUAUUAAUCUGUAAUCUCAAUAUUAUAAUGUUGUUAGUUACCUAUGAUUUCACAAAUUGUUGGUGCAGUUAUUCAUAAUGAAUACCUGAAUGUGAUGUGAAUUCCAGAGACAGUUUUAUAAGUAAUGGCAACUCUUAGCAUUAGGAAUGUUUGUAGUUGACUCGCGACAUUUUCCAAUCCUAACUUUAAUCGAGGGAGUCUACAGGUUCCAAUUUCGUCAGAAAAUUCUUACGUAAUUGCAUUGUAUAGGCACUUAAGCGUUUUUAGUAUAAGGUGUUAAAAGUCAUAUAAAAGAAGACGUUUCUGGAAUUUUCUCAACAUUCUGGAAAUAUUUUGCUCUCAAGAUAGUUAGGAAAUCUCCCGGGUUGGCGAGUGGACUUUCGAUGUACUAGUUUAAUUCAAUUAUAAACAAACAUACAUCACAUCAUCAAACUGUAAAUAAAGGCCAGUUACAUGUUAAUCUCAUAUGUACCAAUUCCAAAAAAUAAAUAUUUAACAUACUUCUUAGUUUCAGAUACAUAAACAUUUCAUUCCAUAAUUGGAAUUUAGAAUACAGUUUUCCAUUCUGGAAUUCCAGUUCUAGAGAAAAAAAAUGAAAGAAAAUACGCACGGAAUUCUAAAUAGGAAAACAUAAAAAUGAAACCGUUUUCAGGCAUUCCAUAAAUAUUUAAUAUUUAUUGCAAAAUGAAACCUAAUUUAUUGCAAUAUAAAAAUUGCUUUUGGAAUAAAAAAUGGGUGUGUUCAGUUUAAAUAGGUAUUCGACAGACUGUCAUGAUUUUAUCCGCCAUUUUACCAUAUUGAUGUUCACAGUAUUGUAUCUGUUUAAAGCACGGUCUGCAUUUAUUGUAAAAUAAAAUGUUCCAGCAAUUAACUGAAAUAUAUAACCCUUUAAUACUCCGUGUCUGUUUUAUCGUGUAAAAUAAACUAAUGCAUUGUGAUUUAUUCUUUAUGAAAAUAUAUGGACCAUUGUAUUAAA